CGCGCCUUUUAUGUAAUCCCACAUUUUCAAUUUACAAACUUUGUGAGCUGAUUAAAUGAGGUUGGAAGUUGAAAACUCUUUGUAUUCCGCUUCUGGCGUUAAAAUGCUCACGUGCAGUUAUACGACAGAAAUUGUGAAUUCAUGGAGACAGCUGAGCCUGGUACUGGUGAAUCUGAUGAAUCUGUUGAAGCAUGGUGGGAGAGUUUUCUAAAGCAAAAGAUUGCUGAUGAUGAGUUGGAUGCAGAGUUGCGAUCUGUAUGGGAAAAUUGUGUUCAAAGACGAGCUAAAUUUGCUCAAGAAGUCAAACAAAUAGUGGAAUUGUAUCAACCUAUAGAUAAGUUAAUUAACUCUAUACUAAGAUCUGAUCGUGAACAACGAGGUCAAAGUCUCUACAGAGAAUGGGGUAAAAUACGUCGAAAAGAAUGCCUUCUAACUUAUUACGAUAACGACACAUUUCGUGCCACUUACACUCAAAAACGUUAUAUAAAUAGCGCUACAAGUUUUCUUCAGGCUUUAGUUUAUAGAAUUAUUCCAGAAAAUCCACAAGUUGAAGUAUAUUUACGCGAGCAUGUUACUCGUCUAAUUAGUAUUGGUGUUGGUCCUGGACCAGAUAUUGCUGCUUAUCUGGCCUAUGCACGUUGUCGUGGUUUCAAUCAACGUAUUAUUUAUUAUGCUAUUGAUCAAUGCUCUGGAUGGGGUAAUUAUUUAACAGUAUUCGAUCGUCAAUGGUCAUCUCAAUAUAAAAUAUCUGUUUGGUUUAAACAAUCACGUAUUCAUAUUCGUGAUGAUAUUGACACUUUACCAGAUGCUGAUAUGAUAGUGUUUAGUUUUGCUAAUACAGCUUUAAUGGCUAGUAAUAUUUGGCCAUUGUUACAACAACGUUAUCGAUUUAUUAUUGUUUUAGAUGGAAUUAAAGAGGUUGUUGUCGAUAGUUUCUUAAAUGCUGGCUUCAAAGAUAUCACACUUACUGAACGUACAAAAGUUUAUUAUCAUUUUAAUGAAAUUCUUCCAUCUUGAGUAUUUAUUUUUUUUGUGUGUUCAGUUGAAUUGUCAUCUUAUUCUUGUUAUCAUACAAAAUACACAAUGUUCAUUUUGUAUUAAAGUUUUUCAAUAAAACAGUUUAUUAUUAUUUUUUUACAAAUUUUUAUUAUUAUUAUUAUUAUUAUUAUGCCCUGGUUAUUUUCUAUUCUAUUUUCUUCAUUUUCUUCAUUUUCAAAUUUUAUAUUAACCAAUUUUUUUUGUUUUAAUCAUCUUCCCAAAUUAUUGUGUUUUUUGUUGCAUAAUAAUAGAUACAAACAAACAAAGAUUGUUGUACAAAAUGUUCUAUUUAAUGAUUAAUA